CCGGCCUCUGAGAAGGACAAGGACCGAGACGCCGAUGUGGGCAGCGGCUCCUGGGACCUAAGGUGCCACCGCCUGCAGGAUUCUUUGUUCAGCUCGGACAGCGGCUUCAGCAACUACCGUGGCAUCCUGAAUUGGUGUGUGGUGAUGCUGAUCUUGAGCAAUGCACGGCUGUUCUUGGAGAACCUCAUCAAGUACGGCAUCCUGGUGGACCCCAUCCAGGUGGUGUCUCUGUUCCUAAAGGACCCCUACAGCUGGCCGGCCCUGUGCCUGAUUAUUGUGGCCAAUGCCUUUGCUGUGGCCGCCUUCCAUGUGGAGAAGCGCCUGGCAGUGGGUGCCCUGACGGAGCAGGUGGGGCUGCUGCUGCACGGGCUGAACCUGGCCACCAUUCUCUGCUUCCCAGCGUCUGUGGCCUUCCUGCUGGAGUCCAUCACGCCAGUGGGCUCCGUGCUGGCCCUGAUGACGUACACCAUCCUCUUCCUCAAGCUGUUCUCCUACCGGCACGUCAACCUGUGGUGCCGAGAGCGCAGGGCUAGUGCCAAGGCCAAGGCCGCUUCUACCGGGAAGAAGGCCAACGGUGGGGCGGCCCAACCCCCGGGCACCGUGAGCUACCCGGACAACCUGACCUAUGGAGAUCUGUACUACUUCCUCUUUGCCCCUACGCUGUGCUACGAACUUAACUUUCCCCGCUCCCCCCGUAUCCGAAAGCGCUUCCUGCUGCGGCGGCUACUUGAGAUGCUGUUCUUCACCCAGCUCCAGGUGGGGCUGAUCCAGCAGUGGAUGGUCCCUACCAUCCAGAACUCCAUGAAGCCCUUCAAGGAUAUGGACUAUUCCCGCAUCAUCGAGCGCCUCCUGAAGCUGGCGGUCCCCAACCACCUCAUCUGGCUCAUCUUCUUCUACUGGCUCUUCCACUCCUGCCUGAAUGCCGUGGCCGAGCUCAUGCAGUUUGGGGACCGCGAGUUCUACCGGGACUGGUGGAACUCUGAGUCCGUCACCUACUUCUGGCAGAACUGGAACAUCCCCGUGCACAAGUGGUGUCUCAGACACUUCUACAAGCCGAUGGUCCGGCGUGGCUACAGCAAGUGGGUUGCCAGGACCGGGGUGUUCCUGGCCUCGGCCUUCUUCCACGAGUACCUGGUGAGCAUCCCUCUGCGCAUGUUCCGUCUCUGGGCUUUCACCGGCAUGAUGGCUCAGAUCCCACUGGCCUGGAUAGUGAGCCGUUUCUUCCGUGGCAACUAUGGCAAUGCAGCCGUGUGGCUGUCGCUCAUCAUCGGGCAGCCAGUGGCGGUGCUCAUGUACGUCCACGACUACUACGUGCUGCACCACGAGGCCCUGGCGGCAGAGGCCUGAGCUGCUGCCCACACUCCUCACUGCCACCUCGCCUGCCUCACUGCCCAUGGCCUCCUCCUGGCCCUGGGAGGCCUCUCUGCCCCUAUGGGGCUCCUGCCCCUCAGGAAUGGGAGCAGCAGCACAGGCCAGUGCCUCAAGGACCUGUGCUGACCCUACCCAGGGUCCGAGGGUGUCAAUAAAGUACUGUCCAGCGUAAGCUCGGCCUGCUGAGGGCGCUGGGUAUGGUCUCA